AUGAUCUUUUCAUUUACCAAUUAUUUGGAGGAUGAUAAGGAUAUAUUUGCAUAUUACGGAGGGGGAGAUACUUUCACAAAUCAUACAAAUUCUUUCACAAAUCAUAUGGAAAAUACUUUUACAAAUUAUACGGAAAAUACUUUCACAACUAAUAUGGAAAAUUCUUUCACAUAUAAUAUAGAGGAUUCUUUCACGCAUAAUAUGGAGGAUUCUUUCACGUAUAAUACGGAGAAUUCUUUCACACAUAAUAUGGAAAAUUCAUUUAUGACUUAUACACUCGAAAGGGAUACGUUCUCAAAUCAUAUGAACAAUAUGUUGAUGAACGAUAUAAUGCAAAUAAAUACCUUAGCCAACAUUGGAGUGGAUAAAGGCAUUGAAGUAGAUAAUGGCAUUGGAGCAGAUAAAGUCAUUGAAGUAGAUAACAGCAUUGUAGCAGAUAACGGCAUUGGAGCAGAUAACGGCAUUGGAGCGAAUAACAGCAUUGAAGUAAAUAGUGGCAUUGGAGUAAAUAAUGGCAUUGGAGUAAAUAACAGUAUUGGAGCGGGACUCCAUGUGAAAGAUUGCUCUUUUUAUGCAUCAUUACGCACAAAACCUGCUUUAAUCGAAAAUAAUACUACAAAAGACAAUAAAAAUGGCGAUUCUAAUACAGCAAAUAAUGAGGUUGAUAUGGAUAAGGAAUUUAGAAAAGAUAAAAUUUUAUAUCAACUUUGCAUUAUUAAUAUCGAUUAUGUUAGUGAACUGGACAAUCAGGAAGUAGACUUUGAUGGUUCAUCUUUCAAUAAUUUUUUGCAAGAAAUCAAAGAUGAUUAUAAGACCUGUAGCAUACAACUACGAAUGGCAUUUGAUAAAUAUAACCUGGAUCCCUUUGCACGCAUCAAAAGUGGAGCAAUGAUUCGAGUUCAACCUGAAUCUGUGAAACGAAGAAGAACAAACAUUAAACGUGCAGAUAAAGAGAAUGAUCACCAAGAAAUUCCCAAAUAUAAAGUGCGAAAAAUAAAUAAAACUAAACAUAGUUUGUGCAAAAAUGUUUCCAAUAAUACUUUGAAUUAA